UUCCUAUGUGUAACAAUCGCGAAAACCUAAAAAUAGAGUAAAUGUCAGCGAUUAGUACCAUGUGAAAUAACACCUUAGGUCAAAGAGGUUCGUAUUAAUAUUAUUUGUUUCAGUUUGUGGAAGGUAAAGGGGUUGUUUGUUUUCGUAUUCAUAAAAUGAUAUUAUUUAUUCAGUUUAUAUUUGUCGCUGUCAAAUGGCCACCUCUUUGAACUAUGUAGGUACAUUAUAUACUAAAUCUAUGAAGUACAUAUAUAUAAUAUAGCACUUCUACCUACUUUUACGAUGAGUCCUAAUUGUUUUUUCAUCCUCUAAGGUCCUAAUAGCUAGGUUAGCUGCCAAACAGAAUGUCAAAAAUUACAAGAGAAUGAGAACGCGGGAUUUUGUGCACAUGUUAAUAUUGUAAGGCCAAAUAUUAGUAAAUAGACAUGAAAUAGACUUAUUUUCAUAGUUCUAGCCUAAUACACAGAUAUCGUUGGUUCUAGCUUGCUUAUUUAAUACCGGUGCGGUCACAUGAGUCCGACGUAGCCUAUUAUAAACGGAACAAUUAUUUCGUCUAUACUCCGGGGAAUCCUACCAUUGGCACGAUCUACGGUCUAAGCACCGAAUUUGUGGAGCACUUAUUGGUUCACUGCCUUCCUUUCCUAGGCAGAAUGAUUUUACAGGUGAUUAAAAAACUUAGCUGAUCUGUUUAAUAAGGACUUCCUAUGGCUCUAAUGACAGAAGAAGCUGCGUUGUUGGUGGAAAAAGGAAUAUGUGAACUCUACCAAUUGCCAAAGAUAAAUGAAAAACCCCCAGAAAAGGAAAAACAAGAAAUCUUAGCACAAGAACAAAAAGUUCUAGAAGAACAAUCUGAAGCUCUGAGAAAGCGUAAAGUAGAACAGUUGUCUCAGAAAAUUGACAUCAUUAUGGCUGGCAAAAAACAAAAACUUUUAUCAAAAGGCGUUACAGAUGUCAAUCUAGACAAACAGGCUUUGCUGCAGGAAGAGAUAAACAAACUGCCAUGCUUAACGCCAGGAAAUGUGCUCGUGCAUUUGCCUACUGAACACUAUAUACCAACAGAAAGAAAAAAGUUGGAUGUAAAUGCACUAAGAUCUGGCCUAACUGAGAGAGAUAAUGAUAUUAGGUAUUCAAUAUUUAAAGACCUCUGGGAAAGAGGGUAUUAUAUCACUAGUGGUUCCAAGUUUGGUUCUGAUUAUUUGUUGUAUCCAGGAGAUCCCGUAAGAUUCCACGCCAUGUACAUGGUGCGAUGCGUCUGUGACCGAACCACACUAUUUCGUCCUGCAAGUCUAGUAUCUUUUGGACGACUUUCUGUGGCCGUUAAUAAAUUAGCUGUCCUGGCCUUUUGUAAUAGUUACGGGAAAAUUGAAUACCAAACACUGCAGUGGCAUGAUAGUUAAAUGAAUUCGUGAAAACUUUACUCGCCAUUUGAAAUAUAAUUUUUUAUUUGUAAUUUUUUUGUAUUUAAUUUCAAAACA